AAAGGACCAUGAUGUAUUCCUAAUGUAAAAACAAAAAAUAAUGUGUUCGAAACUUUUAUACGUGCCGUGUAUUACAUUGAUGCUUUCCUUAUUAACGACCGCUGCUUUGCGAAUGGAAGCAUCCACUACAAUGAGCAUACACAGCGCUGGCGCUCCCACUAAGUUUCUAACACAACCUGGAGAAAUAGCAGGCAUCAGCACCAAUGUUACGUUACACGAAGAGGGCGACAUUGUACAAUUUCUAAUUAGCUGGGAUGACAACUUGCCAAAGGGUACAUCAUAUAAUGUUAUUGUGACUGCAUUAAAUUCAACGGAAUGUAGUGAGCCUCCCUGCAGUGUCUAUGGAGUUAUAAAAGAUGCGAAAAAAGUGAUUGUACCAGAAAAUCCUAUGACACAAGUGGAUCAAAAUGAAUGUGGUUUCAUGUUUGGAUGCAAUUAUUCCGUAAUGGUGGAAACAUCUAAUACAGCGAUAUCACAACAUUCGACAGUGUCGGUGCCAUAUUGUAUUAAGGAUGUUUGUUCCUGUCGACAUGCUGAAAAACUACCCAAAGUCACAUCGUCCGUCCAUAUACCCAAUAAUGAAACGAUAAUUUACAAUUGGUCAAUAAGAUAUGAAAACGGCAGCAAACAUUUCCAGUACGAUGCAAAGGAAUCAGAUGAUCACUGGAAGUUGUAUUUAAUUAUCAGCGAACAAACAAAUCCGUCCUUAUCAUGGGGUGGAAGACUUAUACCCAUCACGGAGCAUUUGUAUCCAAUUAAAAAUUUAACGCUCCUUAAGACCAAGGGUGGCAUGCAAGGCACCUUUAAAAUGCGAAUACCCAAGCAAUUAGUAUCUAAGGCAGAGCUAAAACUUCGUUCAUAUGUAAUCGAUGAUUUACAUUGCGGCGGACCUGAAAACUUCAUAAAGGUAACAGUGCCCGAUUUCUUAAAAGAAUACGAAAAUAUUGAGGCUAGUGAUUUUAAUUUGGGCAUUGCGUUAAGUAUUGUCAGUGCACUUUUUCUAUGCAUCAUUGUUUUGGUAUUGACAAUUUGUUGUUGGAAGCGAAAUAAAUUGGCGAAAUUUCAAAAUGGCGUUUUGGAAAAGGACGAAAGCUGCUUAGCAAACAUGGUCGAAAUGGAGGACAACAUUAACUAUGUAGAUAAAUACGUAGAGGAAGCUCAGGCCAAAGGUCUCGCUGAUGUAUUCGAAAUACCGCAUAGUGCUAUACAUAUUGGUCCCGAAAUUGGGGAAGGAGCAUUUGGGCGCGUUUACAAAGCCGUUGCCGUGAACAUACGACGAAUGCGAGGCAGUCAUGUUGUAGCGGUGAAGCAACUGAAAAAGAAUCCAACCGCAGAUGAAGUGGCAGAAUUCUUGAGUGAAAUCGAAAUGUUGAAGGGCGUAGGCAUACACAACAAUAUUGUAUGCUUCUUUGGAUGUUGUACCAUAAGAGCGCCAUAUCUGAUGAUCAUGGAGUUUGUGGGACGUGGUGAUUUGUUAACUUACCUGCGCACUGUACGUCAAGCAGCGACAAAAUUUAAGGCGAACGGCAAUAUCAGCAGCAACUAUGCGAGUCGUGAACAGUCACAGUCCAAAACCAAAGUUAAAUACAUAGAACUAAAGUUAUCCACACAAUCUGUGGAUAGCGGAAGUGAGACUUCACGUCAGCCAAAAGCAUCCGUCGCUGAAACCACUUACACAAUUGUCAAUGACGAGGACUACAAUGAUACGAGUACAUUCGAGUAUAUUUUAGAUCACAAAGAAUUGCACAACUUUGCUCUGCAAAUUGCCAAUGGUAUGCAAUUUCUUGAAGAACAGCAAAUCACGCAUAGGUGA